AAGAAGAAGUAGACUAUUUUGUAAAGUCGUAUUUUGUCGAUGCGAAUUGUAUAAAAUUACGUAAGAAAUAAACGAAAAGACUUUCGAAAAUAAUGUCCUUCUUCUUAAAACGGACCCUCGAGACGGGUCGUAGUCUCAGUCGCAAAAUCUUAUCGAACAAUGUUCCAGCGCUUCAAUUCGUAGCCACAAAAGCCGAUCAGGCGGAGACCAGACCCACUGUCGCUAAACUGGAUCCCUUGCAGAAGUCGCAACUGGUCGACUUCGGCAAAUAUAUAGCGGAAUGUAUGCCAAAAUAUAUACAAAAGGUUCAGAUAACCGCUGGGAACGAGUUGGAAGUGCUCAUUCCGCCGGAGGGUGUCAUACCCGUCCUCCAGUUCCUGAAGGACCACCACAACGCUCAGUUCGCUAGCCUCGCCGACAUCGCUGGGAUGGACGUUCCGAGCAGACAGAACAGAUUCGAAAUUAUCUACAAUCUUCUGUCUCUGCGCUACAACGCUAGGAUAAGGGUGAAGACGUACGCCGAUGAGCUCACACCGAUCGACUCUGCCUGCGAGGUAUUCAAGGCCGCCAACUGGUACGAGAGAGAAAUUUGGGACAUGUACGGCGUCUUCUUCGCCAACCACCCCGAUUUGAGAAGAAUCCUGACUGACUACGGUUUCGAGGGACAUCCGUUCAGAAAAGAUUUCCCAUUGAGUGGCUACGUGGAACUUCGGUACGAUGACGAACAGAAGCGUGUGGUGGUCGAGCCCCUCGAGUUGGCUCAGGAGUUCAGGAGGUUCGAGCUCAGUGCCCCCUGGGAACAGUUCCCCAACUUCCGAGGAAACCCUGUCGAGGAAGUUACCACCGCUGAGGAGCAGCCCAAGAAGGAGUAAAUAAUGUGAUCUUGAAAUAGCAAAAGUAUAAUAUAGUUGUAAAAGAUUUAAACAUGAAA